AUGGCCGACGCUUUGCAAACGCUUUUUCGCAGCUCUCUACCCGAAGAGAUCUCGGGGCUGUUGACUGAACGUCUGUCGGAACUGGAAUCUGGAGAUNUUUUUGCCCUUCUACAAUCGAAAGAUGCGCAGGAACUUCUUGGGCAUAGCCCAAACUCGGAGCUGGAUGAGACACAGUUGAAAGAUUGUGCGACGUGGAAUGAAUAUAUCUCGAUUCGAUUGAGCAAGAUUCUCGCUAAGGAUCAAGAAAACGCAAAGUACAAGCAGAGUCUCUUCUUUGUCAUCGGAUAUGCCGCUUUACUCGCCUUCCUACAAUCUAACGCUACUGGUCCUCCACUCCCAUUUUCACCUUCGAAAACCGUUCUACCACGGGAUGUGGUUGAGGACAAGCAGCAAGUCACUACGCUGCGCCGCCAAUUGAUUGCCAGCCUUGCAGUCGACGGUAUCGCGGCAUACAGAUUGACACCGAAUAUCGAACUUCUUUGCCUAUCAAAUGUAAUUAUCAGCAACCCGGACAUUCUUGCGAACAUCUCGGUCUCGCGGUGGGCUAGGCUGAGGGUGACGUUUAUGCACCAAAGACUGUUGUCGGAGGAUUGCGGAACCCUGCAGGACAAGAUCUUCGCAGAUGUCGACGCAAUUCAAGAGCAAUUCUUUGACGUCUUGCCGAAGGGCAAGUCGAGAGCUGGCGACGACGAUGCAAAGGUUGAGUUCUUGCUUGAACGUGCUAGUAUCGAGACUUUCUAUGGCUUGGACAAGAAGGCCAGAGUUGAUCUAGACAAAGCGGCAGCUGAGCAGGGCUUCCAAUUCGCCUUGACUGGUAUUUUGGGAAGAAGAACUAAGUUCCAACAGCACGACGUCAGUCAGCUGGUCGUACUUGCUAAAAGUGCACGCGAUGCAGAGAAUGUCAAGGACUCAAAGUCGGCAGAAACUCAGCAGAUGGAAGGCGCAACCAACGGACCUAAGAAUGUGGACCUUAAUGAUGACACACUUCUGGAAAACAUCUCGUUCAUAGACAAGCCGACACUCAACUUGGACGUACAAACCAAGGAGUCUCUGCCGUCCGCAUUGGCUGAACUGGAUCCAUCGAAUCAACCAAAGCUACUACCACUGGACUCGAUCAUCUUGCUCGCUCUUGCGUCUUCUAUCACAAACACAUCUCCUGCAAACGGUCUCACAAGAGAAGAGACUCUGCCAUAUGCAACCCGUGUGUUGGAAGGUGGUAGCUCGAACUGGCAAGUCUACACUCAAGGUCUGCUCGUUCGCAGCAGAAUGGAGGGCUACAGAUCUAGAACCAUCGAACGUGGUCUCUUGCAACUGCAGGCAGUUGUCGAUCAAGUCAUUGCCGAUACAACAGAAACACCCGCAGAUGGUAGCGCAGAUGUGACGGCCACUAGCUUCCUGCGCAAGGGCGACAACGAGGACUCUGCUCCGGCUUCCGAAAGACUGCGUUACAUCUUUCAGAUUGCUGCGCCUACCCGAUGGGAGCUGGAAGGAGAAUUAGCUCAAAGAUGGGUUACUCUGGGAGGUCUUCGCUCAGCACUUGACAUUUAUAUCCGCUUGGAGAUGUGGGCUGAGGCUGCUCUCUGCUAUGCUGCUACCGAGAAAGAGGAGACGGCGAAGAAGAUGAUUCGCCGUCAACUGUUCCAUGCCACCAACGACGGUGAUGAGGACAAUGCUGGAGACGAAGAAGCUUGGGAAGGCCCCGAGAGACAACCUCCACCAGCUGACGCAGCACGUCUCUACUGCAUUCUCGGCGACCUUGACCAAGAUGCUUCCAUGUAUGAAAAGGCGUGGGAGGUUUCAGGUCAGAGAUAUGCUCGUGCUCAACGCUCGUUGGGUCGCAUGUACAUUGGUCAACGCGACAUGAUCAAGGCUGCAGAUGCCUACGCUAAGAGUUUGAGAGCAAACCAGCUCAACCACGCUUCGUGGUUUGCUAUGGGCUGCUGUCUACUGGAGCUUGCCCAGUUUGAAAAGGCCGCUGAGGCUUUCUCGCGUACUGUCCAGCUUGAAGAAACAGACGCAGAAGCAUGGAGCAAUUUGGCUGCUGCUCUUCUCAAGAACCAGGUUCCUACUACCGACGAUGAAACCGCGGCACCUACAGUUGAGCUCGCUGAAGACGAGGACGAGUCUAUGGCUCCCCAACCCAAGAGGGCCGAUCCUCAACAAAACAAGAAAGAUGCUCUUCGCGCACUGAAGCGUGCCGCUACUCUCAAGCACGACAGCCACCGUAUCUGGGAGAACCUUCUCAUCGUUGCCGCCUCUCUUUCACCUCCAGACUACGACACAGUGCUGACAGCUCAACGCCACAUUAUCGACCUCCGCUCCAAGACCAGCGGCGAGUCAUGUAUCGAUGUUGAAAUCAUGGAACACAUGAUCCGUCAUGUCAUCGCCUUGAACGACGAGUACGACCCCGCAAAGCCUGGAUUUGAACGUCUGCUGGUCGAGAUGUUCGACAAGAAGAUCGUGCCCCUCAUCACCUCCUCUCGCGAGUUGUGGCAAUCAUACGCUAAGCUCUGUCUCUGGCGCAAGAAGCCAGCCACCGCACUAGACGCAAAUGAAAAAGCAUGGAGAGCAGUAAGCAGUCAGCCUGGCUGGGAAACUGAGAGCGAAGAUCGCUGGAAUGUUGUGGUCGACGCAACAGUAGACUUGUGCGAUGCAUACGAGAGUUUGGGCCAGAUGGAAAAGACAGAGGGUAUGGCUGCCGGAAGCGGUGCUUUGGUCGCCAAGGACUGGAAGUUCAAAGCCAGAAGCGCCAUCAGAUCUAUCAUGGGUAAAGGCAAGGAUUGCUGGGAAGACACUGAUGGCUGGGAGAGACUGAAGGAGGCACUUGAAGGACUGCGUGGUUGA